AAAAUGCGGAUUCAAGCAUGCAACUCUGGUUUGAAUUUUAAUUCCCAACUAGGUGUAUGCGAUCAUACCGUACGAAACGAUUGUAUAACUGCCGAAAAUCAGGUAAAAAAAUUUCAAUUGUGCCCUCCACUGUACAUUGGUCAAGUACCAGAUCCAGACGAUUGCGGAAAAUAUAUCGUAUGCUAUCUUGGAGCACAUAGUUACGAAGAUUGUAAAAGUGGUCUUGUCUAUAAUAUUCUCAUCAGCUCAUGUGAUCAACUUCAAAACGUUCCUGAAUGUUUGGAAAAUAAAACACGAAUUAAUACAACAAACAGAAGAAAUGAAGAUUAUUAUACACUUUUCACAAAAAAUCGAGAUAAUGAAGAGGAUGAUACCACUAUUCAUGAUACAAAAUACACUCGAUUCAUGAAUCGAAUUCUUACAUCAGGCCAAUUUAAACAAACCAAUACCACAAUAAUUCACCUAGAUGAAUUAAUGCCAGUGUCAUCUACAACAACUGUACCAAUCGUUCAACGCUCUAAAACCAAUUUACAAAGUUUGUGGACCAGGCAUUGGGGAUCUCAUUUUUAAAAUUGGUGAUCAACUGACAAAAUCAUAAAAUAUUUGAAACAAUUUGAAAACGUUUGUAUAAUAAAAUAUUUCCGGUUGUUUUACUCUAGAAAUAUCUACAAGUAUAAGUCAACAUAAAACAAAUGUUAAUUGACUACCAUAAUAAAAUGCAAAAUGAAAUUUUCAAUAAAAUCCA